UAAAUGUUUUCCUAUGUUCUUAUUUGAUCACAAUGAGGUGUCCUAAAACAGGAUUUACUGCACUGAAAAUAGCGUCUCUUGUCGUUGGAGGGAUGGCAAUUAUUAUCCACAUCACAGCUGUGGCGUAUCCGGUGUGGGACGGGAUAGAUGUUAUGUGGAGUCCUUUACCACAGUUUAAAAAGAAGCCUGUAAAGGCUUAUGGUUCCUUGUGGGAUUUCACUGUAGUUGGAGACUCAACACAUAAGAUGUUUUACAAUCCUGCUGUACAACCCCCGGAAGUCACAACCUGGAAAGGUCCUAUUAUUCUGAUGGCCACCACUGGUAUUGCAGUUGGGGUUGUUGGAGAAGGACUUAUUGUUUUAACGGCUUUACUGGAAAGAUGUACGAAGAAUUUCUAUGUCCAUCUUUGUGCGAAAAUGAUGUCAGUCACAACUAUUUUAUGCGCAUCAUUUGAAUGCCUGAUGGGUGCAAUUCUUUACAAGUAUAACUUUACCAAACAUCAAGCGCCAAAGGACUUGAAUGCCAAAGUAGAUUUCCCAUACAACGAUCACGACUUACGAGCUGGUUUUUACUUGGAAUGCGCUGCUGGUGGCCUAUUUAUACUUACAUCAUUACUUACCGUUUUAGAUAUCAUGUAUUACGAGAAAAAGGAAACAUCUUCAAUUGGCCCAAUGAUAAAUGGGGAAAAACCGAGUGUCGGGAAGGAUAAGACAGUCAACGAGAACAAAAAGAAAGGAGACCAACUCGUUCUUGAAGAUGUGACCGAAGAAAAAACGGAAAAGAAAAAAUAAUAACGUCGUAGCCUUUCAAAUUAGAUUGAAUAAUAAUUGUAAUAAUAGAUUAAUAACGUGAUAUUUUUGCAUGCAAUACCUUCGUUUUAAAGUAUAUGUUAAAAAAAUUGCUUGUAAACAUCAUCCGUUGAAUUGAGAAAGUAGUUAUGUGAUAUAUAAUAGUCAUAAUUUACGUUUUAAAAUCAUUUCAAAGGACUCAAGGAAAAAUCAAAUUUGAUCAAGACCUGCUUAGCAAUUAAUGAUGUAUUGUGGAAUACUUACAUAAUUUACCUUUUACUUUUUUUAGCCAUUUCAAUGAAAUCGUUUUUGUGUGU